AUGGCACAGAACAAGAAUGAUACGGACACUCGCAUCGCGCCUGCAGCACAAAAGCCACCCGCAAUUUCACAUAUCCUCGAGACUUGCCUCAUGGUCAAAGAUAUCGCAGCUUCAACAGACUUUUACAAGACCGUGUUUGGGAUUGAUCCAUUUAUGAACAAUGCUCGCAUGUCCGGCUUCGCCCUGUCCCAGACGACGUUGCUCCUUUUCCAACUCGGCGCCACUGCGCUUGAUAGCGAAAUGCCGGCUAAUCGCGGCACGAUCCCAGGCCAUGGCCCUUCACAGGAUAUCCUCAACCUGGUCCUGUCGGGCUCGGGCUCGGACUCGGAUACUGGCAUUUCAAAUUCACACCCGUCCUCGAAUCGGAAUGACAUUCCAGGACGAUUGAACCAGCAUUUUUGCUUGGCCGUUACCGCGCCCGAGGACGUGCAGGUUUGGGAGAAGUGGCUCGAGGAGAAAAAGGUGCAGAUUCUCGGAAAGGUCAACUGGCCUAGGGGUGGGAAGAGCGUGUACUUUAGCGAUUUGGAUGGGAAUGUCGGCGAGAUAGCAAGUCGGGGGAUAUGGGAACAUUAUUAG